AUGAUUUUCCAAGAAACGUCAAGUAAGAUUCUAUAUUAUCCAAAUUUACAUAAUUCAUUUAGUGAAAUUCGUGGUUUUUGUUCUCCAUCUGGUGGAUCAGAUCCAGACUUGGGCUUUUUGAAAUCCAUUCAAGAAAUAUCAGGCUACCUGAUCAUCAUGCAUUCGAAUGUCAAUCGCAUCCCUUUGUCAAAUUUACGUGUAAUAAGAGCAAACAAUGGGGGUUACAAGAUACAUGAUGAGCUAGAUUCAGCAGCAAUGAUUAUCCGUAAAAAUUACAAAGAUGGGGAAACUUUGAAGCAUGUGGACUUGCGUAAUUUGAAAUCUAUUGUUCGUGGUAGUGUUUAUAUAUACGAUAACCCUGGACUCAAGUAUUUACCCGACAGCAUCUACUGGACUGAAUUAUUUGAAAGUAUUGGAGAACAGAGCUUUUACAAUCAAAAGUUGAUUGAGACUAACAGUUACAGUGAUAAUAAUGUAUCUAUCGACCUCCAUUUGUAUGAGCACAACCCACACGAUAGUGAACCGCAACCACUGUCAACAUCUGUUAAAUCAACAUGCUCAAAACUUUGUCCAAAGAUAAACAAUCAAACGUAUUGUUGGGGUUCAUCUUCACUACAGUGCCAGCAUCAAUCAAAAUGCCAAAAUUUAUUGUGUAAUCGAUGCCUAAAGAAUGGGAGCUCAUACGUAUGUUGUCAUGAACAGUGUCUUGGUGGGUGCACUGGUCCGUUGGCUUCACAAUGCAUGAGUUGCAAAAAAUAUUUUAAUUCUGGAACGUGUGUUGCUCACUGUCCUGCUAGAACACUUAUUCAGGGCGGGAAAUUAAUCGUAAAUCCUGAAUUCAAAUACCGUUUAGGAAACUUGUGUUUGCCAGUCUGCCCUGAAGGACUUAUGGUUGAAGGUGAUGUAUGCGUGACUCAUUGCUCCAAAGGCAGUAUGAGUACUGAUGGACGUGUAUGUAUUCCGUGUCAAGACAAAUGUCCAAAAUGUUAGUCCAUUACUUGUUUGCUAUUUUUGUUUGGUUGAAAUAAACCAAAAUCUAGUUUUGAUGAUUUUGCUAAAAGUCUGAUAAACAAUGCUCUUGUUCUUUUGUUUAUAUUCCAAUAAUCUUACUUGUC